CGUUCCAGAAACCUCCCCGGAGUCUGCUUGGUGAGUCUGCUCCUUACCCUCCCAGUCUGAGCUCCCGAACCUUGUUCUGCGUGUGGGCACGCUGAUGACAACACAAGUUCAAGGCCAGCCUGGGCUAUAUAGUGAGACCUUGUCUCAAAAAGCCAAAAGAAAAAAAAUCACCCAAGAAAUAAAACAGCAACAAAAAAUCAGUUUAUUGCCAUACACAGGUUCUGAGGGUCAGGAUCUGGCAGGGCUCAUCGGAGUUCUUCUGGCUCAGGGUGCCUCUGGAAGCCACAGCUGAGCUGCGACCAGGGCUGCAGCCAGCUCAAGGCUCUGCUGGGGCUGGGGAAUCUGCGGUAACCUCGCUCAUGUGGCGACGAUGGCCCCAGGUCCUUGCUGCAAGUUGGCUGCAGGCCACUCUUCCUUUCCCUAUGGGCCUCUCUGUAAGACUCUGGAAAGUUUUCACACAAUGGUAGCUGACUUCUCCCAGAGUGGAGAGAGAGAGAGAAAGAGAGCAACUCAGUGGAAGUCACAGUGUUUUAUGACCCAAUCACAGAUGUGAUGUCACUUCUGACAUUUGCAGUCGUCAUGCAGGACACAGUGUGGGAGAGAAUGACACGGGCGAACCUCCCUCUAAUACAUUAAGAAGUGGUUGACCUGCCUCUCAAGUACAAGGUCCUCAGUUCGAUCCCCAUACCAAAAAAAAAAAAAGAAAAAAAAAAAAAGGAUCAAUGAACAGAAGACCAAGUUCUUCUAAUUUUCUGUUUUAUAAUCCUUCCCAGUGGUGAUUCAGCCACAGAAAUACAGCAAAAGCUUCUUAUCAGUGUGAACAGCUGUAUAGCUAUCAACAGUUUCUAGACACUUUGGCAUCAUGUCAAAGAAAAUAGGACCUGCCUGUCACUCUGGUGGUAAAUUACCUGAUAAAUAGUUAUGUUCAGGCAACAUGCAUGGUAGAGAUGUUAAUUGGAAAAACUUUGAAUUGGGUUAUAGAAACAUUAGUAUCACAAAAUGCUAUUUUGACAGUUUAUGAUGUUGACUUAUGGCAAUUAAUUGUGGAGCAGGUGACUUUUUUCUUCCUGCGUAUGGUAAUAUUUCAUCUUGCUCUAUCAAACACAAUGAAGGUUUGUUUGCUGUCACAAUAUGAGUAAAAUCCAAUUGAAAAGCCCGCUGUCAGGUGUAACGAGAGGUAGGAAAUUAGUUGCUACAGAGAUUGCUCAUAAAAGCACUGUAGCAAGAAAAUAAAAUCUGAUAGCCUGAAAAUAGCUAAGUACACAUGACAAUAGUAACAGGUGAAAAUUAUCUUCAGAGUCUACUGAUAAUAUAAAAUACUUUUAGUGAAUAAGAUUAUUACAAAUAUUAUUUUGAAAAUUACAGUCACCACAUUAUUUCAAUCUGCCUAGCAUGUCAUAAAUGAGAUUCGUCUUUUCUAUCGGAUGGGUGUUAUGUAAAGUUCUCAUUAAUGCAGUAACCUCAGUUUUCCCUGCCUGACAUUUGGAGAAUCUACGGGAGAAAUCAACUGCAGAUAAGUGAGUUCCUUUGUUUGAUUUUUUCCAAAUGUUUGGUGUUGGUUAAGAGCUAGAAUCUUGAAGUCAGAUAAAUAUGGAAUAUAACUGCAAUGCCAUCCCUAGUUUAUUUAAUUUUCAGUUCCUUCCUCUUUAAAACAAUAGUGGAAACAAAGCACCUAUUAUUUAGGAUUCUUGUGGGAACAAGCUUGGGAUUUCAUGCAAGGCGUUUAGCCCUGAGCGGUACAGGGUCAGUAACAAUUCUCUAUGGCCUGUUUUCUCCCUCCUUUUUUCCUUUUUCUCUUCCUCCUUCUAGGUUUCCUCUUACUCCUUCCCCUCUCCUCUAUUCCUUCCGUUUUCUUAUCUUCCUGCUCCUGCUCUUCUUGCCUUCUAUUUCUCUCUAUUGUUAUUGGCAGUAGUCAUACUCAGGCUUUGUGUCUGGUUCUGCCUUCAAGAGCUCCCAAUGACAAAGAGAAAAACCUGAAGGACACGCUGUGGGAAAUCUGAUAGUACCAAUUUUGGCCUUGGCUUAUGUCAACCUUUUCUGUCCCACAGGGUGGUGGUGGGCAGUGUGAGAGGGAUAAAUCCCUGGGCUUUUGCAGCAGAAGGGGUGACUCCAGUAUAAAAACUCGCAUCUGAUGAAAAAUUUGUAGAAGGCUGCCAUCUACAGGGUGAGGUGGUGCAUGCCUAUAAUCCCAGCACCUACCCUGGGCAGGAGGAUUACAGCGAGUUCGAGACUGGCCUGGAUGGCGUAGUGAGCUCCAAGGCCAGCCUGAACUGCAUAGACCUUGUCUCAAAAAACAAAAAUGCUCAAUUGGUGGGUACAUGCCAUCUUCUUUGAAAGUGAAUUGCUUUUUAAGUACUACUUAUUUCCUUUUUAUGGAUGUAUAAUAGAGGAGGAUUGUCUUUCAAAUCAAUCAAUGAUAAAAUCAACUUUUUUUUCUUUUUUUUUUUUUUGGUACCGGGGAUUGAACUCAGGUCCUUGCCCUUGCAAGGCAGGCCACCAAACCGCUGAGCUAAAUCCCCAGCCGAUAAAAAUCAAGUUUAAUGGACAGGUGUUUUCAUUUACACACUAGUAACACUCGUGGCUGUAAUGAUGGGCGACCCGUGCUUGGAUUUAUUUUGACGGUGAUAUUUACCUUCUCUAUUUAGCUUUCUCAUAGCUAGUUUCCCGAUGAUGGUUUAGAAUAAAAGCACUUCCUGGUUAUAUUUCUUGAUAACAUACUGUUAGGUUGCUUCAGAAACAUUUAUUAUCAGCUUAUCUUUUUCAGGUUUUAAUGUUUGUGUUGCUCUGUUAACAUUAACCGUGGCUUGUCAGAGCUGCAGUGGGCCCUCGCCAGCAGCAGAUGUACUGGACACAGAUGAGGACGACCUGGGCCAAAGGCAGUCUUGGCUGUGGCUCUCCCGCCCUGGCCGUACCUGCUGUCUCACCAGGAAGGGGAAGUCCUUGUAGCUUGAGGGACAAUCCAAUUUCUGCGAAAUGAUCGCUCUUGCUGAGAAGGGGAAUCUCAGUUUCCAGGAGGCUCUGCUGGAAUCCAAGGUGACUGCAGGACUGGGACAGCUGCUGGAGACUGCUAGGUGUCCAUGACUUGGGGUCUCACUAUAUUGUUUGUGCUGUCUUGAAGUCGCUGUGUAUCCUAGCCUGGCCUUGAAUUCAUGGCAACCCUCCUGCCCCAGCUUUCCAAGUGCUGGGAUUAUAGGUGUGCACCACCACAACUGGCUAUUAAUGUACCUCAUUUUUGCGGUCACUAAAGUCACUGAGGAUGGUUUCUGGGAUAGGUAUGUGCAAAGAAAAAAAAAAAAAGGAGAAGGAACUCAAACCUGACUAUGGGUUUGGGAGAGCAAUUACUCAACCCACAAGGGCAACAAUAAGCUCGUGGAGAGUUCUCAGGGAUGACGCCUGUGUGCCACUGUGUUACGAACAUUUCCUGUGUGGAAAGCAGCCAGUCCCGUGAAGUCCGUGUAACCCUGUACAGUUUCAUGGUGCUCAUUAUCCUGAGCACUCUGGUGGGCAACCUGAUAGUUAUCAUUUCCAUAUCACACUUUAAGCAGCUUCACACCCCUACUAACUGGCUCAUUCAUUCCCUGGCCAUUGUGGACUUCCUGCUGGGGUGCCUGGUCAUGCCUUACAGCAUGGUGCGAUCUGUGGAGCACUGUUGGUAUUUUGGAGAAGUCUUCUGCAAAAUUCACACCAGCACUGAUAUUAUGCUGAGCUCAGCAUCCAUUUUCCACUUGUCCUUCAUUUCCAUUGACCGCUACUAUGCUGUGUGUGACCCACUGCGAUACAAAGCCAGGAUGAGCAUCUUGGUUACUUUUGCGAUGAUCUUCAUUAGCUGGAGUGUCCCCGCUCUUCUUGCAUUUGGAAUGAUCUUUAUGGAGCUGAACAUCAAAGGAGCUGAAGAAGUGUAUUACGAACACAUUCACUGCACAGGGGGCUGUGCUGUCUUCUUUAGCAAAAUAACGGGAGUACUGGCCUUUAUGAUUUCUUUUUAUAUACCUGGAUCUAUUAUGUUCUGUGUCUAUUGUAGAAUAUAUCUUGUGGCUAAAGGGCAGGCAAGAUCAAUUAAAGGUACAAAUCAGAAACUUCAAAGUGGACUGGAAGAGAAAAAUGGAAUUUCACAAAGCAAAGAAAGGAAAGCUGCAACAACGUUAGGGAUUGUGCUAGGAGUUUUCUUUAUAUGUUGGUGCCCUUUCUUUGUCUGCACCAUCGUGGACCCUUUCCUGAACUACACUAUUCCACUGGCUUUGAAUGAAGCAUUCAUUUGGUUUGGCUACUUGAACUCUACUUUUAAUCCAAUGGUUUAUGCAUUUUUCUAUCCCUGGUUCAGAAGAGCACUGAAGAUCAUUUUAUUUGGUAAAGUUUUCCAAAAAGAUUCAUCCAGAUGUAAAGUAUUUUUAGACUCAAAUCCAUAGAAUUAUUAUAUUUUACUGGCUUGCAAAACAUUUGAUGAUCAUAUUUAUGAACACAAUGUAACCAACCACAUGGUCUUAUAUCAGCUAUUGAGUCAAAGCACACUGGAGGGGAAGCUAAAUGAUGAUGUUUGUUUCUCAUCUCCUAUUUGGGACAAGGUAGAUGUGAUCUUUGCCAUUCUUCAUGUACACACUCAGCUUUGUAAAUU